AUGGUUCUCUGGUAUAAGAACUCUUACGUUUAUGACAACGACUUCCAAACAGUUUCCCUAGCGUUUUUCAACCGCUAUCCAAAUCCUUACGCUUCGCACGUCAUUUCCAUAGACACCGUUUCUCGAGAAUGCAAGCCCAGCGGGGAAUUGUGCACAACAAGACUUAUCAAAAAGACUGGUAAGCUCCCACGCUGGAUUAAACCCUUCUUAGGCGGCAUAUCGGACUCGUGGAUUAUUGAGCGUUCAGAAGUAGACGUAAAAAACCAGGAACUGCGAACAUAUACACGGAAUCUGGAUCACACUCGAAUAAUCCAAGUAGAAGAGUUCACCAUUUAUAAGUACGAUUCGGUCACGGGCAAAACUCAGGCUUCAAGCUCAGUCAAAUUUUCCAGUGGGUUCAAUCUAGCCGUCAGAAGUCGCAUCGAGCAAUGGUCGCACGCUAAAUUCGACGAAAACAUCCAGCGCAGUCGGAUGGGAAUGGCAUUUGUAAUGGAAAAACUAAAACAGCAUCAAAGCUUGGGAUAA